UUUGUGGCUGAGAAUCAAACCAGGUAGCUGACGUGGCAUCCACCUCUCAUUUAAGCGGAUCAAAAUCAUAGACGUCGUUUAAUGCCAAACUCAGACACUCUCUCUAACACCCAAAAGAUACCGAAGAAUUUUCUCGCGCCUUUUCUUUUGCUCUGUUGUUUGGCUGGGCGGAAAGUAAAGGAAAAUAGAAAGAAACAAAAACAAAAAAAAAAUGCUCGAAAGUAAGGACCCGGCUAUCACGCUAUUCGGAAAGAAGAUUCCUCUGCCGUACGAGGACGAGGCUCCGGCUGUGUCCGGUGAUGAUUUGGCUUCUCAGCCUUCGGAGAGAGAAGUGGAUAAUGAUGAAGAGGAAGCUGAACCAGAGAAGGAUUCAUCACCAAGAUCAGUCUGUGACGAGGACUCAGAACAAGAUGGUGAUCUUUCCCCAGAAACUGACUAUUCAAGAAAGCUGGAUUCUUUACCAGAGUCAUCUAGUGUCAACCCCAAGACACCAUCCAUAAACGAAGAAAGUUCCCACUCAAAAAUCGAAAAAACUGAGAAAGAACAAGGCGAUGCCACCAAUACUAAUAACUCCCAAGAGAAAACCUUGAAGAAGCCAGAUAAGAUUCUUCCAUGUCCACGUUGUAAUAGUAUGGACACUAAAUUUUGCUAUUACAACAACUACAAUGUCAACCAACCUCGCCAUUUCUGUAAAGCUUGUCAAAGAUAUUGGACUGCCGGUGGCACCAUGAGGAACGUUCCUGUUGGAGCUGGGCGUCGCAAGAACAAGAACUCAGCUUCCCAUUACCGCCACAUCAGCAUUUCGGAGGCUCUUCAUGCUGCCAGAAUUGAUGCUUCUUCGAAUGAAGCUCACCACGCUGCGUUGAAAACCAAUGGUAGAGUCCUCAGCUUUGGCAUAGAUGCCCCCAUUUGUGAUUCCAUGGCUUCUGUUUUGAAUCUUGCUGAUAAAAAGGUCUUAAGUGGAAACGGAAACGGGUUUCAUAAAAUGGAAGGUAAAGAAAACAACGGUGAUGAUUGCUCAAGUGUAUCUUCUGUAACGGUUUCGAAUUCAGCGGAUGACAUAGGCAGAAAUUGCCCCCAAGAGCCUCAGAUGCACAGCAUCAAUGGCCAGCGAUUCCCUUCUGUUCCAUGCCUUCCUGGUGUUCCAUGGCCUUAUCCUUGGAAUUCAGGAGUUCCUUCACCAGCUUUCUGCCCUCCAGGAUUUCCCAUGUCCUUUUAUCCUGCAGCUUAUUGGAACUGUGCUGUUCCUGGCGCUUGGAAUGUUCCAUGGUUCCCACCACAACCUUCUUCUCCAAACCAGAAGUCUCUGAGCUCGGGUUCAGGUUCAAAUUCUCCUACGUUGGGAAAGCAUUCGAGAGAUGGAGACACUCUCAAACCAGACAGCUCUGAGAAUGAAGAGCCUCCCAAGAAAAACGGCAGUGUUUUGGUUCCAAAAACAUUGAGAAUUGAUGACCCGAGUGAGGCUGCCAAGAGUUCGAUAUGGGCAACUCUUGGAAUAAAGAAUGAUUUCAUUAGUGGAGGAGGGAUGUUUAAGGCCUUCCAGUCAAAGAGUAAUGACAUGAAAGGCAUAUCUGAAGCCUCUCCCGUACUCCGAGCUAAUCCUGCAGCUUUGUCUAGAUCCCUCAACUUUCAUGAGAACUCUUAAACAAGUUGCCUAAACUGGCAUUUUUUUUCUCAUUUAGGUUGAGAUUCAACUCAUUUAGUAAGAGUUUGAACUAGAGAUCAUCAUCAAGCUGUGAGUUAUCUGAUUCAGCUUGAUAAGUUAAUUUGACUGAGAUGUAGAACUGGAGGGAGAUCAGUUGUUAAACUCUCUUCGUCCCUCAGCUUGAUAGAGGGAACUAAUGUAGGAUAUAAACUUUAGUGGCAGCUAAUUUUGUUUUUGUAACAUUAUGCACAGGUGGCUUCUGAUAUUCUUAGCUUUGUUGGGUUUGUGAUCAUGUAAAUAUCUCUAUAUAUGUGAAAUAAUGCGAGAGUUAAAAGGCAAA